AACGAAGCUUGCUUCUACGAGAGGAUAUAGAGAGGAAGAACAGCUCGUCCGAGACCAUGAAGAGCAGCCCACACCUGGUGCUGAUCCUGUGCCUCCAGGCCGCUCUGGUCAUGGGCGUCUUCGCCGCUUUGGCUAAAGAAAAUGCCCUGGUUGAGAGCAAGGCCAUCGACAUCAACCCGGGGCAGCUCAAGUGCUGCACCAACUGCAACUUCUCCUUCUCGGGGCUCUACACCUGCGACGACGUCAAAAAGGACUGCGACCCCGUCUGCAAGAAGUGCGUCGUCGCCGUGCACGCCUCCUACUCGGGCAACAACAAGUUCAGGUGCACCGACACCUUCCUCGGCAUGUGCGGCCCCAAGUGCUAGCUAGAGAGGAAGAACGCGCGCUGCUGCUAGCUGCUAUAGCUUCGUUCUUCCGCCGCCGGCCGGCCGCCGGCCGGUGCAUGGUUCACGUACUGUGUGUUGUGCUACUACGUACUGGCUUCUUGUGUGUUCGGUUCUUGUUGUUCUCUCGACAGUGCACCUUGCGCGCCAACAAUAAA